AUGAGCGACUUUCCGCCAAUUUUAGAGUUAAAUGUUGGUGGAGUUCACUACACGACAAAACUUAAGACCUUGCUAAGUGAACCAAACACAUUGCUUUAUGAAAUGUUUACGGGAAAGCCGAAUGAUGUUACCAAAGAUGCCAAAGGAAGGAUUUUUAUCGAUCGAGAUGGAGUUUUGUUUCGCUACGUUCUGGAUUAUUUAAGAGACUCAGCCAUAUCAUUACCGGAAGGUUUCCGCGAGACUGCGAGAUUAAAGAAGGAAGCAGAACAUUUUCGACUGGAGGGAUUAACAAAAACUCUCAAUCAUAUUGCUGAAAACCACCAACCUGGUUGCAUUACAGUUGGAUAUCGUGGCAGUUUUCAGUUUGGAAAAGAUGGUUUAGCUGAUGUGAAAUUUCGAAAGCUUUCGCGGUUGCUAAUUUGUGGACGCGUCGCGUUAUGUCGCGAAGUAUUUGGUGAUACUUUGAAUGAGUCAAGAGAUCCAGAUCAUGGUGGACCCGAUCGUUACACUUCAAGAUUCUUCUUAAAACAUACAUUCAUUGAGCAAGCUUUCGAUAUGCUUCAAGAAAGCGGAUUCCGUUUAGCAGCGAGUUGUGGAUCAGGAACAUCUGGCUCUACAGGCGACUUGAAGCCUGGAGUUGAUUCCGAAGAAAACAGAUGGAAUCAUUACAAUGAAUUUGUUUUCAUUCGAGACUAA